AUGGCAUCAGCUGCUGCUAAACGUUUGGCUGGUAAGACAGUGCUCAUCACUGGGGCUUCGUCAGGCAUUGGGCGAUCCACUGCGCUUGAAUUCGCCAGAACAAGCCCAGACAACUUACGGCUGAUCCUCACUGCCCGUCGCAUCAACUCACUGAACGAAUUGGCAUCUCAAAUCGCGCAAGAGGUUGGACAGGGCGUCAAGGUCCUCCCAGUGAAACUAGAUGUUAGCAAACCCGAGGAAGUCCGGGAAUUCGUCGGCAACUUGCCAGAGGAGUGGCAAGAUAUCAAUGUUCUUGUCAACAAUGCAGGUCUCGUGAAAGGCGUCGCACGUGCCCCGGAUAUCCAUGAGGACGAUAUGAAUAUUAUGUUUGCCACCAACGUUACAGGGCUGAUCAACAUCACACAAGCCAUUCUACCAAUAUUCCAAAGGCGCUCUGAUGGAGGUCAAGGCGAUAUUAUCAACGUAGGCUCUAUCGCCGGCCGUGAGCCAUAUCCGGGAGGAUCUAUCUACUGCGCUACCAAGGCUGCCGUUCGGAGCUUUACGGAGAGUUUGCGAAAGGAGCUCAUUGCCACUCGAAUCAGAGUCAUUGAAAUAGACCCCGGUCAGGUCGAAACGGAGUUCUCUCUUGUCCGGUUUGAUGGAAACAAGACGAAAGCCGAUGCCGUCUACGCCGGAUGCGAGCCUCUGACCCCCGACGACAUUGCUGAGGUAGUCGUUUUCACAGCUACUCGCCGCGAAAAUCUGGUUAUUGCAGACACUCUUGUGUUUCCAAACCACCAAGCAUCAGCCCUUAUCAUGCAUAGAAAGAAUUAA